UACAGAAUAAUACAGUACAGUAACAAAUGUGAAAAUUGUCGCACGUGGAAUAUUAGAAAAUUUGGUGAUACAAUUGAUGUCGGACGUAUUUUCGAUACUUCUUUUUAAACUGUCCAGCCAUAAACAUUUCAAAAGAAAAAAUUGAAAUUUGUGUUCUAAAAUAAUUCGCUUUGUAAACUCGACCGGUGCAAGCUCUUGGACGCUGCGGCAUGGCGUUCUCUACGCAGAAAGAGUUUUUCCAUGUGCCGUUUAUGAACGAGACGCUUGAGUUUGAUUGCCAGGACGCUUGUGUUAAGUUAAAAAGCUAUCCAUCAACAUUCGAUGAUCGCUCGUGGGCAGCCGAUGAGGACAAAAAGUCACGUUUCGUGUCCGAUCUGGUAGCUUGCAAUACACCGUUAGUUUUGCGCCAAGAUGACGGUAGUGGUGGCCCCGGCGGUGGCGCACCUGGUGGCAGAGCGGGUUAUGGGCCUGGCGGCAGAGCUGCCAGUGGACCUGGAGGCAGAGGUCGCACCGGACCUGAUUAUGAUGGGCCAACUGGCGGCAAAGCGGGAAAACCUGGUCAGAAAGGGCAGGACUAUGGUAGAGGACCUACGGGUAAGCGAGGACAGGGGCCCGGAGGCUACGGGGAUCCAGGACAGCAAGGACCAGGUGGUCGGGGUGGUCCAGGACAGGGCCCAGGUCGUUAUGGUGGUCCCAGAGAAGAUGGGCAGGGUCCAGGUCCCGGCCAGAGGGGACAGGCUGGUCGACGUGGUUCUAGCGUUCCUGGACAGGGUGGUGAUCGGGCCGCGUACGGAGGACCGGAAAGAGGUCCUGGUCAGGGUCCAGGGGGUCGAGGCGUCGCUGGACCAGGUCAGGCUGGCUAUGGAGGUCCGGGGCAAGGAGGCCAAGGGCCUGGCGGUCGGGGCGGAACUGGACCGGGCCAGGCCGGCUAUGGUGGUCCGGGUCAACAGGGACAGGGGCCAGGAGGUCGAGGCGGACCUGGACCAGGGCAAGAGGGCCAGGGGCCAGGCGGUCGUGGGGGAACUGCACCAGGUCAGGCCGGAUAUGGAGCUCCAGGUCCAGGCCAGGCCGGCUAUGGUGGUCCGGGUCAACAAGGCCAGGGGCAAGGAGGUCCAGGUCAACAGGGACAGGGGCCAGGUAGACCGAGUCAACAGGGACAAGGGCCAGGUGAUCGAGGAGCAGCAGGGCCAGGACAGGCCGGCUAUGGUGGACCGGGUCAGGGGCCAGGCGGCCGAGGCGGAAGUGGGCCAGGCCAAGCUGGCUAUGGAGGACCGGGUCAACAGGGCCAGGGGCCAGGCGAUCGAGGAGCAGCUGGACCAGGCCAGGCUGGUUUUGCAGGUCCGGGUCAACAGGGCCAGGGGCCAGGUGGUCCGGGUCAGCAGGGUCAGGGACCAGGUGGUCGAGGAGCAGCUGCCCCAGGACAAGCCGGAUAUGGAGGUCCAGGACAAGAGGGCCAGGGGCCAGGCAGUCCUGGCGGGGCUGGGCCAGGUCAGGCUGGCUAUGGUCAAGCGGGCCAGGGGCCAGGUGGUCAGGGACCUGCUCCUGGUCAGGCCGGGUAUGGAGGCCCGGGUCAGCAAGGCCCAGGGCCAGGUGGUCCGGGACAACAAGGCCAAGGACCAGGUGCUCCGGGUCAACAGGGCCUGGAGCCAGGCGGUCGAGGCGGAGCUGGGCCAGGUCAAGCAGGCUAUGGAGGUCCGGGCCAACAGGGACAAGGGCCAGGUGGUCCGGGUCAACAGGGCCAGGGGCCAGGUGGUCCGGGUCAACAGGGCCAAGGGCCAGGUGGCUAUGGACAAGACGGUCAGGGUCCAGGCGGUCGGGGAGGUCCUGCUACAGGUCAGGCCGGAUAUGGUGGUCCGGGUCAACAGGGCCAAGGGCCAGGUGGACCGGGUCAACAGGGCCAAGGGCCAGGUGGUCCGGGUCAACAGGGCCAAGGGCCAGGUGGUCCGGGUCAACAAGGCCUGGGACCAGGUGGUCGAGGCGGAGCUGAGCCAGAACAAGAGGGCCAGGGCCCAGGAGGUCGAGGAGGUGCUGGUCCUGGUCAGCCCGGCUAUGGAGGUCCUGGACAACAAGGCCAAGGCCCAGGAGGUCCAGGUCAACAGGGCCAGGGGCCAGGUGGUCGAGGAGUAGCUGGGCCAGCCCAAGCCGGUUAUGGAGGUCCAGGACAAGAGGGACAAGGUCGAGGCGGACCUGGGCCAGGCCAGGCCGGCUUUGGAGGACCGGGUCAACAAGGCCAGGGGCCAGGAGGUGCGGGUCAACAAGGCCAGGGGCCAGGUGGUCCUGGUCAACAAGGCCAGGGGCCAGGUGGUCCUGGUCAACAAGGCCAGGGGCCAGGUGGUCCUGGUCAACAAGGCCAGGGGCCAGGUGGUCCGGGUCAACAAGGCCAGGGGCCAGAUGGUCGAGGGGGAGCUGGACCAGGUCAGGCAGGUUAUGGAGGUCCUGGACAACAGGGCCAGGGGCCAGGUGGUCAAGCUGGAGCUGGGCCGGGCCAAGCAGGCUAUGCUGGUCCGGGACAAGAAGGACAGGGUCCAGGUGGUCGUGGAGGUCCUGGGCCAGGGCAGGCCGGCUAUGGAGCUCCUGGACAACAAGGUCAGGGGCCAGGAGGUCUGGGUCAGCAAGGCCAGGGGCCAGGAGGUCCGGGUCAACAAAGCCAGGGCCCAGGUGGUCGAGGUGGAGCUGGACCAGGUCAGGCAGGUUAUGGAGGUCCUGGUCAACAGGGUCAGGGGCCAGGUGGUCAAGUUGGAGCUGGGCCGGGCCAAGCAGGCUAUGCUGGUCCAGGACAAGAAGGCCUGGGUCCAGGCGGUCGAGGUGGACCUGGGCCAGGACAAGCCGGAUAUGGAGGUCCAGGACAAGAGGGCCAGGGUCCAGGCGGUCGAGGCGGACCUGGGCCAGGACAAGCCGGAUAUAGAGGUCCAGGCCAAGAAGGCCAGGGUCCAGGCGAUCGAGGUGGACCUGGGCCAGGACAAGCUGGAUAUGCAGGUCCGGGACAAGAGGGCCAGGGUCCAGGCGGUCGAGGCGGACCUGGGCCAGGACAAGCUGGAUAUGGAGGACCAGGACAAGAGGGCCAGGGUCCAGGUGGUCGAGGUGGACCUGGGCCAGGACAAGCCGGAUAUGUUGGUCCUGGAAAAGACGGCCAGGGUCCAGGCGGUCGAGGCGGACCUGGGCCAGGUCAGGCCGGCUAUGGUGGUCCAGGUCAAGAAGGGCAAGGGCCAGGGCCAGGUGGUCGAGGCGAACCUAUGCCAGGACAAGCCGGAUAUGGAGGUCCUGGAAAAGAAGGCCAAGGUCCAGGAGGUCGAGGCGGACCUGGGCCAGGACAACCCGGUUAUGGUGGUCCAGGACAAGAAGGCCAGGGUCCAGGCGGUCGAGGUGGACCUGGGCCAGGACAAGCCGGAUAUGGAGGUCCGGGACAAGAGGGCCCGGGUCCAGGCGGUCGAGGCGGACCUGGGCCAGGACAAGCCGGAUAUAGAGGUCCAGGACAAGAAGGCCAGGGUCCAGGCGGUCGAGGUGGACCUGGGCCAGGACAAGCCGGAUAUGGAGGUCCGGGACAAGAGGGCCAGGGUCCAGGCGGUCGAGGCGGACCUGGGCCAGGACAAGCCGGAUAUAGAGGUCCAGGACAAGAAGGCCAGGGUCCAGGCGGUCGAGGUGGACCUGGGCCAGGACAAGCCGGAUAUGCAGGUCCGGGACAAGAGGGCCAGGGUCCAGGCGGUCGAGGCGGACCUGGGCCAGGACAAGCUGGAUAUGGAGGACCAGGACAAGAGGGCCAGGGUCCAGGUGGUCGAGGUGGACCUGGGCCAGGACAAGCCGGAUAUGUUGGUCCCGGAAAAGACGGCCAGGGUCCAGGCGGUCGAGGCGGACCUGGGCCAGGUCAGGCCGGCUAUGGUGGUCCAGGUCAAGAAGGGCAAGGGCCAGGGCCAGGUGGUCGAGGCGAACCUAUGCCAGGACAAGCCGGAUAUGGAGGUCCUGGAAAAGAAGGCCAAGGUCCAGGAGGUCGAGGCGGACCUGGGCCAGGACAACCCGGUUAUGGUGGUCCAGGACAAGAAGGCCAGGGUCCAGGCGGUCGAGGUGGACCUGGGCCAGGACAAGCCGGAUAUGGAGGUCCGGGACAAGAGGGCCAGGGUCCAGGCGGUCGAGGCGGACCUGGGCCAGGACAAGCCGGAUAUAGAGGUCCAGGACAAGAAGGCCAGGGUCCAGGCGGUCGAGGUGGACCUGGGCCAGGACAAGCCGGAUAUGGAGGUCCGGGACAAGAGGGCCAGGGUCCAGGCGGUCGAGGCGGACCUGGGCCAGGACAAGCCGGAUAUAGAGGUCCAGGACAAGAAGGCCAGGGUCCAGGAGGUCGAGGCGGACCUGGUCCAGGACAAGCCGGUUAUGGUGGUCCGGGUCAGCAAGGACAGGGCCCAGGUGGUAGAGGUGGACUUGGUCCAGGACAAGAGGGCCAGGGUCCAGGCGGUCGAGGUGGACCUGGGCCAGGACAAGCUGGAUAUGUUGGUCCCGGAAAAGACGGCCAGGGUCCAGACGGUCGAGGCGGACCUGGGCCAGGUCAGGCCGGCUAUGGUGGUCCAGGACAAGAAGGGAUGGGGCCAGGUGGUCGAGGAGAACCUGUGCCAGGGCAAGCAGGCUAUGGAGGUCUCGGAAAAGAUGGGCUGGGUCCUGGAGGCCGAGGCGGACCUGGGCCAGGACAAGCCGGUUAUGGGGGUCCGGGACAACAGGGCCAGGGGCCAGGUGGUAGAGGCGGACCUAUGCCAGGACAAGCCGGCUAUGGUGGUCCCGGAAAAGAGGGCCAGGGUCCAGGUCGCGGUGGACCUGGGCCAGGUCAGGCCGGCUAUGGUGCUCCAGGACAAGAAGGGCAAGGGCCAGGCAGUAGAGGCGGACCCAUGCCAGGACAACCCGGCUAUGGAGGUCCUGGAAAAGAAGGCCAGGGUCGAGGCGGACCUAUGCCAGGACAAGCCGGAUAUGGAGGUCCUGGACAAGAAGGCCAGGGUCCAGGAGGCCGACCUAUGCCAGGACAAGCCGGUCCAGGACAAGGUCCAGGAACUCGAGGCGGACUAGGUCCGGGCCAGGCUGGUUAUGUUGGUCCCGGAAAAGAGGGCCAGGGUCCAGGUCGAGGUGGACCUGGGCUAGGCCAGGCCGGAUAUGGUGCUCCAGGACAAGAAGGGCAAGGGCCAGGCGGUAGAGGCGGACUAAUGCCAGGACAACCCGGCUAUGGAGGUCCUGGAAAAGAAGGCCAGGGUCCAGGAGACCGAUCAGGACCAAUGCCAGGCCAAGCCGGAUAUAGAGGUAUAGGACAAGAGGGCCAGGGUCCAGGCGGACGAGGCGGACCUGGGCCAGGACAAGAAGGGCAAGGGCCAGGCGGUAGAGGCGGACUAAUGCCAGGACAACCAGGCUAUGGAGGUCCUGGAAAAGAAGCGCAGGGUCGUGGCGGACCUAUGCCAGGGCAAGCCGGAUAUGGUGGUCCGGGUCAGCAGGCACAGGGGCCGGGUGGUCGAGGCGGACCUAUGCCAGGACAAACAGGAUAUGGAGGUCCAGGACAAGAGGGCAUGGGUCCAGGCGUUCGACGUGGAGUUGGACCAGGCCAGGCCGGAUAUGGCGGUCCAGGACAAGGAAUGGGUCCAGAUGGUCGAGGUGGAUUUGGGCCAGGCCAAGCCGGCUAUGGCCAGGAUGGAUAUGGAGUUCCGGGACAAGAAGGAAUGGGUCCAGGAGGUCGCGGUGGCGCUGGGCCAGGUCAGGCCGGCUAUGGUGGUCCGGGUCAGCAGGGUCAAGGACCAGGCGGCAUUGGUGUCACUGGACAAGACAGCGGUCGUGGUAGCUACCCAGGUAGUGGUCGUGACGGUUACGGCGGUCCCGAUGGACAAGGGGGGCCCGGAGGUUAUGGUGGUCCCGGAGGACAGGGACCUGGAGAUUUCGGUGGAUCUGGUGGACGGGUUCCUGGGGGACCUGGGGGACCUGGAGAUUUUGGUGGAUCUGGUGGACGGGGCUCUGGGGGACCUGGAGAUUUUGGUGGAAGGGGUCCUGGGGGACCUGGAGGUCCUGGAGGUCCUGGAGGUCCUGGAGGUCCUGCAGCACGCUCUGGAGAGCCUGGUGGAAAACUAGUGGUGGGCGACAGUCUUAUUAACGCUGCGGACGACACCAUUGAAAACAUGAAGAAGGUAAUGAUUGACAACAAAUUACUCGACAAAGAUCUGGCCGAGACCCGAGAUUGCGUGUGCGGCACUAAAACAGGAAAUGCUGAACUCCAACGAAUAAUGGAACAGCGCUACGACCCCGAAAUGAGCAAGGUGUUUCAGAAUAAAAUUCAAGACUUGUCAGACGCUAGAAAGAUCGACAAGAACGAUGAGAGGGAUCUCAGACACAUCCAUAAAUCCGUCGAUGAUAUGAAUAAAUCCCAUGAUAUUCUAGAAUCGGAAAAUGCAAACCUAAGACGACUUCUGGAAAAACAGUCCAGGCGUAUAUCGAUGGACAGCAUUAGGAUUGAUCCAGAAAAAAGCAACGAUGUCAAUUAUUUACAAAAUAAGAUCGACAAUAUGGGUAAGGAGUUGGCAAUACUGCGUCAGGCUGAGGACGAAUUUAUAAGAGCGGGGGGAGUCACGGAAGGCGGUUAUAGUGGUCCUGGUGGACAAGGGCCUAGCGGUCUCGGUGGACCUGACAUGGAUGUUGACACACUUCAAACCAUGUUGGCUGAGCGUGAAGCACUACGCGCAAAGAUUAAAAAACUAGGCUCGCUCGAUAAUAAGGUUAAAGGUUCGAAGAAGAAGGUAUGCCUAGCAGAAUGCGCCUCUGCUGAUCUAGUCAAUAGUCUUAACGAACAGAAUCGUUAUAUUUGUGACAUGGAGAAUGACAUUCAGGAAAUGCAGCAAUACUAUGAAACUGAGGUAGAGCAGUCCAAGUACAAUGAAGAAGUCCUGAAGUGUCGCUGCAAUGACCUUCAACAACAAGUGGUGACCCUCCAACCGGCACUGCAGCGUGCGGACCUUAUGCAAAUGGAGAUCGACGUUUUACGCAAUGAGCUGCGAAAACGUGACUUGGCUUUGAAUGCCUACGAUUGCCAAUACCAGCAGCUCAUGACCGUCAUCUGUGAGCUGAACCAAAAGUACGGAAAUCAGCGUGGUGACUGUCCCUCAUUUGAUUUACCAGACUGUCCCGAUGUAGGCGAUGAUCUAGCCUUUUACACGAGCGCCACUUUGGAACUUAUCAUGGACGAAAUGAGCAAACAGGUUGAUUGCUUUAAACAUAUGAACGAGGAUAAGUAUUCCGGCGGUCAGAAUAUCAACAAUAUAGAAGACUGCAUGAACGAGCUAGAUCGCCUGCGUAAUUUGUUAAAUGAAAAGGACGGCCAGUUGGGCGAUUUGAUAGAAGAGAACCAGUGCAUGUGCGAAGGAGCUCUGCAGAGCAACAAGCGACUUAACCAAUUGGAUAAAAAGGUUCGUCAACUUGAUAAUGACACAAAGUAUAUGGAGGAGGGUAUGCGCGAGAGCAUUGGAUUAAUACAGGAUAUUGGUGAUGUUGCCAGGGAAAACGAUAGGUUGAAGGAUAAAGUUAACAACUUGAAAGAAGCUGAACUUCAAGCAUUGACGGAUGAUUUAAAGAAACAGCUUGAGGAUUGCAUGAAGAGUAAACAGCUUUGCGAAGAACUAAAUAAAAGUUAUAGAGAAGCCAUACAGGACCUUGGAGGGGAUCUUGACGCUAUUGAUAAAGAAGUCAAAGAGAGAGUGGAUCAAAAAAGAAAGGCAGAAGAAGCUGAAAAAGCAGCCGAAGAAGCUGUAAAAGCAGCCAAAGAAGCUGAAAAAGCAGCCGAAGAAGAAGCUCAAAAAGCUGCCGAAGAAGUUAAAAAAGAAGCCGAAGCACCUGAAUUGAAAGAAGAACCAAAAUUGUACGAGAAAGUUAUGACGCCGACAGGAAUAGUGGAAAGAUUGACAGAAAAACCGGACGGGAUGGCCGUGCAGAAACCAACUGAACAGCCAGAUUCUAGAGCUAAGCCUGGUGCUGGUGAUACAGUAGAGCUUCAACCAAGUGGCAAGGCCAUAGAUACAGCAGCCGAUCAAUCAGGUGCAAAGGCACAGGAUACAAUAGUCGGUCAACCAGGUGCAGAGCCACAGGAUACAACAAGCGGGCAACCAGGUGUAAAGCCUCAAGAUACAGCAGCCGUUCAACCUGGUGCAAAGCCUCAAGAUACAGCCGGCGCUCAACCUGGGGCAAAGCCUCAAGAUACAGCCGGCGCUCAACCGGGUGCUAAGCCCCAAGAUACAGCCGGCGCUCAACCGGGUGCUAAGCCUCAAGAUACACUCGCCGCUCAACCGGGUGCUAAGCCUCAAGAUACAGCCGCCGCUCAACCGGGUGCUAAGCCUCAAGAUACAGCCGCCGCUCAACCGGGUGCUAAGCCUCAAGAUACAGCCGCCGCUCAACCGGGUGCUAAGCCUCAAGAUACAGCCGCCGCUCAACCGGGUGCUAAGCCUCAAGAUACAGCCGCCGCUCAACCGGGUGCUAAGCCUCAAGAUACAGCCGCCGCUCAACCGGGUGCUAAGCCUCAAGAUACAGCCGCCGCUCAACCGGGUGCUAAGCCUCAAGAUACAGCCGCCGCUCAACCGGGUGCUAAGCCUCAAGAUACAGCCGCCGCUCAACCGGGUGCUAAGCCUCAAGAUACAGCCGCCGCUCAACCGGGUGCCAAGCCUCAAGAUACAGCCGCCGCUCAACCGGGUGCUAAGCCUCAAGAUACAGCCGCCGCUCAACCGGGUGCUAAGCCUCAAGAUACAGCCGCCGCUCAACCGGGUGCUAAGCCUCAAGAUACAGCCGCCGCUCAACCGGGUGCCAAGCCUCAAGAUACGGCAGCCGCUCAACCGGGUGCUAAGCCUCAGGAUACGGCAGCCGCUCAACCGGGUGUGAAGCCUCAGGAUACGGCAGCCGCUCAACCGGGUGCUAAGCCUCAAGAUUCAGCAGCCGCUCAGCCGGGUGCUAAGCCUAAAGAUACGGCAGCCGCUCAACCGGGUGCUAAGCCUCAGGAUUCGGGAGCCGCUCAGCCGGGUGCUAAGCCUCAGGAUACGGCAGCCGCUCAACCGGGUGCUAAGCCUCAAGAGACGGCAGCUAGUAAACCAGGUGCAAAGCCCCAAGAUACAACAGCCGGUCCACCAGGUUCGAAGCCCCAAGAUACAACAGCAGGUCAACCAGGUGCUAAGACUGCCGACAAGCCCGGGGCAGCCGGAAAACCUGGAGAUAAACCUGCAGCAGCCGGAAAACCUGGAGAUAAGCUAGCCGACAAGUCAGAAGCAGCUGCUCAACCGGCUGCUGCUUCUGGCGACAAAGCUGGAGCAGCUGGGAAAGCUGGGCCUAAACCUGGCGACAAGCCCGGAAAAGCCGCACUGCCGACUACUGCAGAUGAAGAUAAGGCUGGACAGCUUGAUGCUGGGCCUGGAGAUAAGGCUGGAGCAGCUGGACAGCCUGAUGCGGGACCUGGAGAUAAGGCCGAUGGUGCGGCUGGACAACCUAGCGAUAAGCCCGGAAGAGCCGGCGGCCCAGCUGGUCAACCUAGUGAUAAGCCCGGAAGAGCCGGCGGCCCAGCUGGUCAACCUAGUGAUAAGCCCGGAAGAGCCGGCGGCCCAGCUGGUCAACCAGGAGCAACAGCUGGUGAUAAGGCCGGUGCUAAGUCUGGCGAAGGAGCGGGUAGGCAACCAGGUGCUAAAGCCGGAGGUGGUCCCGGAGCAGCAGAAGCUAAGGCCGGUGCUGCUGGAGGAGGAGCAGGACAGGCACCAAAAGGUCUUGCCCAAAAGCCAGGCUUGCGUGGACCAGGCAGAGAUACAUACGGCGAAGAUGACGGAACAGGUGGUGCGAAACGCGGAGCUGGGCGCGGCAGAAAAAGUCAAAAACUAGAUGACACCACUGAAGAGCAGUUCGAUGAGUUUGUAAAAAAUACUGUAAAAACAUUAUCUGCCGGCGAGAUUGAUGGUGUUGGUUUGGAAAGGGAGUUGCGCAAGAUUUUGGAUAUGUUUAUCGAUGAGUGCGGAUUCUGUUUCUGCAAGUGCAACAUUCCGAAGAGCCGCUUCUAUGCUAUAUGUCAUAAACUCUACCAUCAUGGGCUGCACACCCUAGACUUCAAAGAUCUGGCCUACAUGCAUAAGCGUAUCUUUGCUGCGGCAGAAAACAUUCUGCCUGGAUGUCUUUUCAAUAUGAUUAUGAAAGAUAUACUGGCCACUAAUCCACAGAGCCUAACCCAGACGACCCCUUCAACUACCGUACCCGAAAAACAGUGCUGCACGUGCAAGAGCUCACUCUGUUGCGAUGACACUGAGGAAAAACUUAUGAUAAAGGUAAUGCGCCUUGAGAACGACAUUGAGAAUGCCAAAUUGUGCUUGAAGAAUUUGAAAAAUAUUCCAUCGAAUCUCUCCAUACAUGAUUACCGUAUUGAAGCUGGCGAUUGUCCGGCAAAGGACCGUGUCCUACGUUCGGCGCGUGGAGGAAACUCCAUUACCAUAUACAAAGAAAUUAAGCAGGCCCGACGUGUUAAGAAGGGAUUUACUACAAACAAUUAAAUAUUGCUUUAUGUUUUUGUGUUUUUCGUGUUGGGUUGGAUUCAAGUAAUAUGUCCGAUUUACGUUUCUGAUAUUGUGAUCCAACCAUAUAAAAUUCAUUGUCAAUUUAAAUAUUAAAUUAUUAAUCGUUAAA